GAGCAGCCUGGUCCAGAGCGUAACUGAGUGGGCCUUGGACGUGAGAGGAAAGCCGCGUAAGGCAGCGCUUUCCUGCCCUGGAGCCAUUCUAGAUGCGGUUCCUAGCUCCUAAACUUCAAAUGUGAGGAUACAACUUGUACAGAUUAAAAUCCAAACCUGCAGGAAACAGCCAGGAAAGAGAAGAUGUCACGUUCAACUAGGUCUAGAGAAAGAAGAGAAAAUGACGCCAACUCAGAAGAUAACAGUUCAGAAACCUCCAAUCAAGAGCGCCGAAGGUGUCGCCAAGGCCCGCCCCGCCCUCCCUAUCCACCUCUUUUACCCCCCGUCUUCCCUCCCCCAACCCCCCCACCUCAAGUCCGGCGGACCCGGGGGCUUCAGGAUUUGGGAGCUAUGAAAAGUGUCUGCCCAGGCACUUCCGGUUUUUCUUCCCCCAAUCCCUCUGCUGCUUCUGCUGCUGCUCAGGAGGUCAGAUCUGCCACUGAUGGUAAUACCAGCACCACUCCGCCCACCUCUGCCAAGAAGAGAAAGUUAAACAGCAGCAGCAGCAGCAGCAGCAGCAGUAACAGUAGUAACGAGAAAGAAGACUUUGAUUCCACCUCUUCCUCUUCCACCCCUCCACAACCCAGAGAUUCAGCGUCCCCUUCAACCUCCUCGUCUUUCUGCCUUGGGGUUCCAGUGGCCACUUCUAGCCACGUACCUAUACAGAAGAAGCUGCGUUUUGAAGACACCCUGGAGUUUGUGGGGUUUGAUACGAAAAUGGCUGAGGAAUCUUCCUCCUCAUCUUCCUCAUCUUCGCCAACUGCUGCAACCUCACAGCAGCAGCAGCAGCAGCAGCAACAGCAGCAACUUAAAACUAAGAGUAUAUUAAUUUCUUCUGUGGCUUCAGUGCAUCAUGCAAACGGCCUGGCUAAAUCUUCUACCACGGUCUCUAGCUUUGCUAAUAGCAAGCCUGGCUCAGCUAAGAAGUUAGUGAUCAAGAACUUUAAAGAUAAGCCUAAGUUACCAGAAAACUAUACAGAUGAGACAUGGCAAAAGCUAAAAGAAGCGGUGGAAGCCAUUCAGAAUAGUACUUCAAUUAAGUACAAUCUAGAAGAACUCUACCAGGCUGUAGAAAAUCUUUGUUCUUACAAGAUUUCUGCAAAUUUGUAUAAGCAGCUGAGGCAGAUAUGUGAAGAUCACAUCAAAGCACAGAUUCAUCAGUUCAGAGAGGAUUCAUUGGAUAGUGUUCUUUUCCUAAAAAAGAUCGAUAGAUGCUGGCAAAAUCACUGUAGGCAAAUGAUAAUGAUCAGGAGCAUUUUUUUGUUUCUGGAUAGAACUUAUGUUCUUCAGAAUUCUAUGCUACCCUCCAUUUGGGACAUGGGAUUAGAAUUAUUUAGGGCUCAUAUUAUAAGUGAUCAAAAAGUCCAGACAAAAACAAUUGAUGGCAUCCUUCUCUUGAUUGAGAGAGAACGGAAUGGUGAAGCAAUUGAUAGAAGUUUACUUCGAAGCCUUUUAAGUAUGCUGUCUGAUUUGCAAAUUUACCAAGACUCUUUUGAACAAAGAUUUUUGCAAGAAACUAAUCGGCUUUAUGCAGCUGAAGGUCAGAAGUUAAUGCAAGAAAGAGAGGUUCCUGAGUAUCUUCAUCAUGUUAAUAAACGUCUAGAAGAAGAAGCAGACAGACUUAUUACUUACUUAGAUCAGACCACCCAGAAGUCACUAAUUGCUUCUGUUGAAAAACAACUUCUAGGUGAACACUUAUCAGCAAUUCUUCAGAAAGGUUUAAAUAGCCUCCUUGAUGAAAACCGAAUUCAAGAUCUGUGUCUCCUGUAUCAGCUCUUCAGUAGAGUUCGCGGCGGCGUUCAGGUUCUCUUACAGCAGUGGAUUGAGUAUAUCAAGGCUUUUGGAAGUACCAUUGUUAUUAAUCCUGAAAAAGAUAAAACUAUGGUUCAAGAAUUAUUGGACUUUAAAGAUAAAGUUGACCAUAUAAUUGAUACCUGCUUUCUGAAAAAUGAAAAAUUUAUCAAUGCCAUGAAAGAAGCAUUUGAAACAUUCAUUAAUAAGAGACCAAAUAAGCCAGCUGAACUGAUAGCUAAGUAUGUGGAUUCAAAACUUCGUGCAGGUAAUAAAGAAGCUACAGAUGAAGAGCUUGAGAAAAUGUUGGAUAAAAUAAUGAUUAUAUUUAGAUUUAUCUAUGGUAAAGAUGUUUUUGAGGCCUUCUAUAAGAAAGAUUUAGCUAAACGCCUAUUAGUUGGCAAGAGUGCAUCAGUAGAUGCUGAAAAAUCAAUGCUGUCUAAACUGAAACACGAAUGUGGAGCUGCUUUUACCAGCAAGCUUGAAGGGAUGUUUAAAGACAUGGAGCUCUCUAAAGAUAUCAUGAUUCAGUUCAAACAGGUAAAAUAUAUGCAGAACCAGAAUGUACCUGGCAAUAUUGAAUUAACUGUUAAUAUCCUGACAAUGGGUUACUGGCCAACAUAUGUGCCUAUGGAAGUCCAUUUGCCACCAGAGAUGGUAAAGCUUCAGGAAAUUUUCAAGACCUUUUACUUGGGCAAGCACAGUGGCAGGAAGCUCCAGUGGCAAUCGACCUUGGGACACUGUGUACUAAAAGCUGAAUUCAAAGAGGGCAAAAAAGAACUUCAAGUCUCUCUUUUCCAAACCCUGGUGCUGCUAAUGUUUAAUGAAGGAGAGGAGUUCAGUUUAGAAGAGAUCAAGCAGGCCACUGGGAUAGAGGAUGGAGAAUUAAGACGAACACUGCAGUCACUAGCCUGUGGCAAAGCUAGAGUUUUGGCUAAAAAUCCAAAGGGCAAAGAUAUCGAAGAUGGUGACAAAUUUAUUUGCAAUGACGAUUUCAAACACAAGCUAUUCAGGAUAAAGAUCAAUCAAAUACAGAUGAAAGAAACGGUUGAAGAACAAGCAAGCACUACAGAAAGAGUAUUUCAAGAUAGACAAUACCAAAUUGAUGCUGCGAUCGUCCGAAUUAUGAAGAUGAGGAAAACACUUAGCCAUAAUCUUCUUGUUUCAGAAGUCUACAAUCAGCUUAAAUUUCCAGUUAAACCUGCUGAUCUUAAGAAGAGAAUAGAAUCCCUAAUUGACCGGGACUACAUGGAAAGAGAUAAAGAAAACCCGAAUCAGUACAACUAUAUUGCAUAGAAUGUUGGCCUUGGAACAUUUGUUGUCAUAAUGCCGUAGCCAAUGGAUAAACUAACUUGUUGAAUCUCAUGUUAUUUGACUUCUUUUAUACUUCCGAUGACCAAAUGAAACAGUGUAAUGGGAAUAGUUGAGUGGACUUUUCUCCGUGGUUAACAUACCUAUUUUAAAGAGUAAUACUUAACCUUUAAAAAGAAUGUUGUUGAACUCUAUGCAUGUUAUUGAGUAUGAUGUGCAGAAAACUCUUUAAGAAAGUACAUGGGUCUUCAUGAUUCCUUUUGGAACUGGGGAAGAGAUCCCUAUGGCCAUUUAAAGGGGGAGGGUGAUUCUUAUACACCAUCAAUAAAGCAAAAGGUUUAUUUGCCUAAAAGUCAUUUAAAGAUACUUAAACUGCAUGCAAAUUUUAUUUACUGUACAGAGUUCUGGAUGUAUUUAUCAAAUAGAAAAACCACCCUGGACUUGGUUAUUCACCCAUUUUGUGAUUUCCCUUGGAAAAAAAAAGUAAGUCUUCAUUGUUGUUGGCAUUCUGUUACAUUGAAGGGGAAAAACCUUAUUUGGAAGCACGUUUUUUCAAGUAGGGUAACAGUUCCUUCCAUUAUACCUUAUAUAUUCACAUUCUCAAGGUUUCCCAUUAUGACUCUGGGAUGUGUACAUAAGACUUAGCCCCAAAUUCACUGUGUUGAUUAUAGGAACUUCUUAAAAUAGAAGAAAAAUGCUGAUCAUCUUGUAAUAUAAGAACAUAGUAAGAGGGGAAAACCCAGUACUUUUUAUUAAAACUGAAUACAGUAUGAAAAUCAUAGGAGACCAAAAUCAACAAAUAAGUUUUGUGAAUUGCAGGAGUGAAAAUUUACCAGCUGCUUUUCAUCAUGCUUCAAUCUUUAAAUGUUUGGAUUGUUUUGUCUCUAAUUUGGGUGGAUUUUCAAUUGUCAGAGGUGUCCUAGGAUUUGCAUUCCAUUUUUUUCUACUAUUUUUUCUUAUUUUACUGUCAUGCUCCUCCUGACUUGGAGAAUUCAACCUGUGAUUCUCCCUUGUCUUCCUUACACACUCCCUAUUGAAAACUUCAAGUUCUGGAGUCCUUUUUUUUUUUUUUUUUUU